AUUCAAACAUGGCAAUGAAUACCAGGUUAUGGUGUAUGACCUGGAAGCAUGCCAAGAGUGUGGGUGAAUGCAACGGCAUUUCUCGAACGAUAAUGCGAUCGUUUCAGACGUCGUCCGUUUGUGCAGCCAAAAAGAAGAAACAAAAGGCUGCCGAAACCGAAGAAAAGCUACUGCUCGGGCGACCUUCCAACAACCUUCGAAUCGGUGUCGUUGGCAUGCCCAACAUUGGAAAAUCAUCCUUGUUUAAUGCACUGACCAGCAGCGCAGUGGCUGCCGAGAAUUAUCCUUUCUGUACAAUAGAUCCUGAAGAAGCUCGUGUCACUGUGCCUGACGAACGGUUCGAUUGGCUUUGCAAACAGUACUCUCCGGAAAAAAUCACUCCGGCAUUUCUCACCGUUAUAGAUAUCGCUGGUCUGGUACGAGGCGCGGCAUCAGGUGCUGGACUUGGAAAUGCCUUCUUGUCCCAUGUUCGAUCGGUCGAUGCUGUGUUCCAUCUAGUUAGGGCAUUUGAUAACGAGGAUGUUCAACAUGUGGAAGACGUCGUAGACCCAGCACGCGAUUUAGAAAUCAUCCAUGAGGAACUGCGACUCAAGGACGAGGAAACUUUGGAAAAAGUCAUUGCUGACUUGAGCAAAUCAGGUAAAGGUGGCGCAAAUAUCUCUGAAAUUCUCAAGAAGAACCUGGAAACGGCUGAGAGGGCUGCACAGUUGUUGGCAGAGGGCUCGGAUGUGCGUAAAGUGGAUUGGACCAACUCAGAAAUUGAAUUCAUCAAUACUUUGCAUCUGUUGACCGCAAAGCCAAUGAUCUAUCUGGCGAAUGUCAGUCAAGAUGACUAUUUGAAACAAAACGAAAGCAAAAGGUUGACGCAAGUCAAAAAAUGGGUGCAAGAGAAUAAUCCUACUGAUACUAUUAUACCUGUCUCUAUUGCUUUGGAAUCCACGCUAUCGCAAAUGAGCUUAGAGGAACGAACGGAAUUUUGCAAAGAUGUUGGUCUUGAGUCUCAAUUGGAGCACAUCAUCCUUGAAGGUUACAAGUGUUUGAAUCUUAUUCAUUAUUUUACCGCUGGUCCAACAGAAGUUCGAGCGUGGACUGUUAGGAACAAUACGAAAGCACCACAAGCCGCCGGUGUCAUACAUACUGAUUUUGAAAGAGGCUUCAUUAUGGCUGAAGUCAUGAAGUUCAACGAUCUAGAGAAACUAGGAUCAGAGAAUGCUGUUAAGGCAGCAGGUAAAUAUUUACAAAAGGGCAAAGACUAUAAAGUUGAAGAUGGCGAUAUUAUAUAUUUCAAGUUUAAUGUUACAGCAAAAAAGAAAUAGAACAACAGCUUUUCGGAUUUAGUCACAAAUGUUAGCAUUCAUGUACACUUUUUCAAUAUCUAUAAAAAGUAGACUACGAUCGAAUCAAGUUAAUGCUUCUAUGGCUGCCCCUUUUCACUUCUUUUUCUUUACACCAAGAUGAUUUUUUAUGAAGUGAAUGAGUAAUC